GCGACGAAUGCGUUUUGCUAGUUUGCCUGUCUGAAUGCUUUGGGCGAGGCUUUUUCGCGGAACGUGACGAGUUUUGUUAAAAAAUCUGACCAAUUCCCUUCAUACUGUUUGAACUUAACAUCAUAAAAGAUUUAACAACAAAAGAAUACUGUGCCUGCCUCUUUGGGACGAUUUUACUCUUCAAAGAGUUAAUAUAUAGUUCAUUGGACGCAUUUUCUUACGAAUGAAGAAAAAAUACUAUAUUAAUACUUACAGUACAGUUUCUACAUCAUACUCAAUUUUAAAUAUACCAAUGCCCUUGAGAAGAUAGGGAAUAUAUUACCUUGUUACAAUUAUCAGUAUUUCAUCUGAUUCCACUCAUGAAUUAAAAUGGAUUCUGCGACCAAUGGGGAAGUUUCAGAAGACUGUUUGAGUAAAUCAAAAGAAACCACUGAUAUGCUCACUGUUGAAGAAUGUGUUGAAGAGGCCAAGCAUUUAAAUGAAAGUAAGGCCAUGGCAGAAAUGGAAAAAUGUAAAACAAGUGUAAAUUCUUUAUCAACUUCAAUUUGUGAAACUUCUCAAAACAAAGAAACCUCUGACCAAAAAGCAUUAUCAUCAUCCUCCACUUCUUCAAAUUCUGUAAUUGUAACAGAAGAAAAUAGUCAUAUAUAUCAACUGGAAAAUAGCAGCCCAUCACAAGAAGUUUUGAUAGAGUGUGAAGAACCUCCACUAAGAAAAGAAAAUGGAAUUUCUGAUUCAAAUGACACUGAAAAAAGUACUAAGCUUACAACUGAUCAGAAUGCUGAUGAAAAAACAGAUUCGAAUGCAGAUGCUGCCAAUUCUCCAAGUUGUGUAAUUGAAGAGGAUUCAUCUAGUUUAAAAAGUAAUAAAGAGACCAUUCAAUCUUCAAGUGAAAAACUGGCUGAAAAGUGCAAUAAAAGUGAAAUUGAUUUGUCUUGCUCGGACAUGAGUGAUAAAAAGGAAAGUGAUGUUAUUUUGAUUGAUGAACAGCUAUCAAAAAUCAAGGAAUCAAAUAUCUCCAGAAGCAAUACUAUUGAAAAGAAGAAUCCAGAAAUCCAAACAUGUAGGAAUAAAUUAAUGUGUGGAGGCUCUUUGGUGACAGAUUCUUGUGAGAAUCAAGUACAGGAUUUGAAAGUAGAUUCAAAACUAUGUUCUCAGAAAACUAAAACAAAUUUGCUAAAGCAUACAUCUGAACGAAAUGAAUCUUGUAUUGAUUUAACUGAUGACGAUGGUAGUGAAAAUAGUGCUCAAAUAGUUAAUGAACUGCCUCUUAAUUUUAUGAAAGAUAAAGAACCGCAAAUACCCUUGAAGCCUUUAGAAUCUAAUACAAUUUCAAAUGUUUCUGACAGGGGAGGUCUUGUUGAUUUGUCAAUAAAUAAGUGGCCACAAGAAAAUCCUCUCCAAAAACUGAAUGAGCAUUUAAAAUCCAUUGGAACUGAUAAAGAACGAGUUCCUUUUAAUCACAAUCAUAUUCAAAAGAGUGAUGUUUGUUCUGCUAAUACAUCAUUAUCCAAGGGUUCUGAAAAGAUGCACUCAUCUGAUAUUUAUGACAAAGAAAACAACGUGGAAGAUUCUCACCAUCACGAAAGAAACAUGAAGGAACAAUCUGAUAGCUUUGUAUAUGCAGAACUUUCUAAUGAAGUAACAGGAUUUCCAGAUGCCUUUGUGGGAAAGGUGACUAUUGGCAAAUAUAUACAUGUGAAAGGAGAUUUUACACUUCGUAGUUCUGAAGCACUAUUAGAGAGCCCAUCAUUACAUGCCCCUUAUUUAUUAAAGGAACCAGACAUUUUUCCUCCCAAAGAAAAAGAUUCUAAAUCAGAAACAACGGACUUUUUUCAUUCUGCAGCUGGUGAGCUGCUCAUAGGUAUUGGUAUUAGCAGAGUUAAUGAAUGGUUUCAUAAAGAUAUGGUUCGAAUAAAGAAAAGACAAAUGAAAAGAAGUGGAAAGACGCCUCAGCUAGAGGAAGAACUUAAAAUGCAUGAAGAUUUAUAUGCAGAAGCCAGAAAGGCAAACAGUGUAUAUUCUUUCACAUAUCAAUCUUGUAAAAAUUGUGGUUUUACUAGUGAAUCAACCCUUGUUAUGGAAGGCCAUUUAUUGGUCCCUCAUGUUACACCACGCAGAGACUAUCAGUGCAAUUUUUGUGACUCUAUCAAUCGAGAUCCUAAAGCUAUGCUGGAACAUAUGCUGUUAGCCCAUGGGAAAGUUGGACGUAUCCAGCCACCAGUUCUCUUCUUUGAAUGUCCUUAUUGUUCAUUUGAAAGUAAUUCAAAAGUGAAAUUGAAUAACCAUUUAGCCAAAUGUCAGCGGUACUUUGAUCAUGGUAUAAAUCAAGCACCACCUAAAGACUUUGAAUUCCCUUGUCUUACUCCUAAACCUAUUACUGUAGCUGUUGUGAAAGCAUAUGAAAAGUCGUUAGGUUCUAUGCAGAGGGGACGUGGAAGACCCAAAAAAGAUAUUUCUGAGUCUUUGCAUAUGAAUCAGUAUGCAAGCAAUGCAAAUCUUGCACCAAUAACUCCAAACCAUAUGCCUGCUUUUAGAGCUAGUUCAAACUCUCCUCUUGCUGAUAGCUUAAGUGUACAAAAUCAAAUGAUUUCUCCUCCUAUUCAAAUGCCAACUAUGAAUAUAAGGCCUGCACAUUCAAAUGUCAUGGGACAACUUCGUCCUGCAAUUUCACAUUUGCAUAUGCCACCUACUAAUCGCUUUUUCCAUUUUGUUAACCCUUCUGGACAAGUCAUGCCUAUGAUGGGAAACAAUCAUUUAGCUACAUCAGCAUCACAGUUUCCAUUUUCUCCUCCCGUUGAUACUAGCUUAGGUAAAAAAGCAUCUUCUACCCCUAGCUUCAAUCCUAUGUUGGGAAGUAAUUUGAGACAACAAACACCAGCCAAAGGGAUGCCUAGUGUCACUAUUACCCCUUUACCUAAGCUCCAAGGACCAUAUCCUGUUCCAAUAGCUAAACCAGCAGCAGCAGCAGCAUCAGGUAGUGCAACAGUGCAAUCUAACAGCUUAGUUGUUUGUGAAAUAUGUGAUGGCUAUAUUAAAGAUCUUGAACAGUUACGUACCCACAUGCAAUUAAUUCAUAAAGUUAAAAUACAUCCCAAAAUGUUAGUUAGUCGUCCUCCUCUCAAUUGUCAAAAAUGUCAAUGGCGAUUUUUUACCGAUCAAGGUCUUGAGCGUCAUCUUUUAGGUGCUCAUGGGCUUGUUACUUCAAAUAUGCAGGAACUUGCUAAUAAAAACAGAGAUGCUGGUUGUUGUACUAUCUGCGGUAGAGUUUUUGGCAGUAAACUUGUUAGCCAUAUGAAUGUAGUUCAUAAACUAACUUUGAAACCAGCUCAUCUUUCCUACAAAUGUACAGUAUGUUCUGCAACUUUUAAUCUUUAUAGAUUAUUUGAAAAUCAUGUGUAUCUUGUUCAUAGUGGUGCUGCUAAGCGUUCGGCUGAUGGUAGGUCCAGCCCGUCAAAAAAAAUGAAAAGCUUGGAUGAUUCAAUAGCAAGUAUAGAAUCUUCUAAUCAUAAAGAGAAAGGUACAUCUAAAGACAUAGGAGACGAGAAUUGUAACAAGUGCAAAGAAUGUGGAUAUGAUAAGAAAUCACAGGAUGGGAAAUGUGAUAAGUGCCUAAAAUCUGUUGAAUUAGUUCAUGGUACUACCACAAGUACUAAAACUUUAAAUGAUGAGCUUAGGAAAACAGAAAAAACAAUUGAAAAAGCAGCUGCUUAGAGUUGUAUCUUACACUAUUAGAUAAUGAAAACUAAUUGGACUACACAUUUUUAAACUGCAUCAAAUAUUUUUCAAUUUAAUGAGUUUUCAUGUGCAAGCUAUUAGAUUUAAUAUUAAUCAUUCAUAAAAGAAAAUCUUCAUAACUUUUUUUUAUGUGCAUAUAUCUGUGAAUUCAUUAAAUGUAAAUACAAUUCAUUGUACUAUUCAUUCUGUUAUCCCAAUUAAAUGGUGUACAAUUUAUGUGAAUAAUUAAUCCACUAUUCUUUACCAAAUCAUAUUUGUACUUAGGCUUGACUUCAAGUCCAAAUCAUUCUUUAGUGAUGGGAAAACUGUGUUUUUCAAAUUUUUGCCUUAUAUUUAAUAUCUGUAUAUUAACAGGCACACAUCCUUUGGAAAUUGCUCAGUCUCCUAAAUGUAACUGUCUCAUAAUUUUAAUUGCAAUCUGAUAAUAGAAUAAUUGCCUGGAAAUUGAUUCUGUGAAUGUAUUUUAAAGCAGAGCUUCUAAAACUUCCCAUUCUCGAGCCAGUUGGGUCGCAAAUUUGAAACUAAAUAAGAAUUAAGAGGCUACUUUCAGGCAAAUAAAUGCAAAUUCACAUUUUUAAAAAAAAUAAAUGUUGAAAUUUUAUUAAAAACUUUUAAAUUAAAAUAGUUUUAUUGCUUGUUUUGUCAAAAAUGUUAACAAAUUUGGGGGGGGGGGGGGGGAAAUGCCAUAAUAAAAAAAAUUUCACACUAGUAUUUUCCAGCAGCAAACUACCUAGGGUAAUACUUCACAGUUUAAGAAGCUCCGUGCUAAAGUAUAUAUAUCUAUAAUAUAAAGAUUUCUUAUCAGUGUUUAUAUGAAUAAGUAUAAUUUUAAACUAAUAUGAUUUUCUUAACAUUUGAAUUUCUGAUGAAUAUUAAUUAAAUAUUGGGAAUAUAUUAUGAAUCUGGAAAGCAAUUGUUACUAUUGUGAAUAAUAUAAUUGAUUAUUUUUAUAUUUUUAAAUCAUGGCAAGGUCAAAAAAUGCCAAUGCUUCUAGAAUGUAUUGUUAUAGAUGUACAUUUCUGAAUUAUGGCAUCUGGUACUUAUCAGCCAAAAACAUAUAAGAUGAUACUAAGUAUAUUUAAUAAAAUUAUUUCUUAACUAUUGGAACAAAUGAGAAUCAAAUCUAAUGCUUUUUAUUUUGUUUAGGCUUUGUUUCAUGUUAUUUAUUCCUGCAGCUAGUUUCUUGUAUUUAUUUUUCAAAAUUUUAUUGAGUUUUUUUUUAUUAUUAUCAUGAUCAAACUUGUUUUCUUUCUUCUCUGCACUUUCUAGUCUAAAACUUAAGUUCCUUUAUUCAUUAAGCAGAGAUAUUGUAUGUCUACAAAUCAUAUUAGCAUUUCUUAUCAUAUUCAAAUUGAAAUUUAUUCUCUCUAUAAAAGUCCAUUAUUAUUUUCCCCUCUUUUUAUAAUCUUGUGUUGAAGAAUUAACUUUUUAUUUACAUUUAACUUUGUCAAAAAAAAUUAUUUCAAUUGAUUAUUAAUGAAAAGGAAACAUCAAGCUAAAUGAGUUUGAAUGGUAUGAUGGAAUUCUAGCUAAUAAUGUUUAUUAAAAAUUGUGAUUAUAAUGCAUAUGGAAGAAUUUUAGUAUGAUAUACAUUUUUUUUUAUUUUUUUUUUUUGUAUGUGUAUUAGAUUAUGUGUGGUUUCUCGAUUAGUUUUUUAAUAAGGCCAUCAUUAAGAAGUGGAUUAUAUUCAGUGUAUAAUUUAAUUAGGGAAGUCAAACAAAUUUUAAAACAAUGCCUUAAAUGUUCCAAUGUUAACUAGUAGAACACAGUUUUAAUGAAAAAUGCAAAUUAAUUGAUUUUUUAUCAAACAUAGAUUAUAAAUGUAUUAACCUUAUUGAGUAUUGUUCCUAUCACCCUCUAAAUUUUUCUGGAAAUAUUAUAUUUAUUAUAUUAUUAACUAUUCAAAAUAAUUUAAUUUUUUUAUUUGAUUUA